UGGUUGGUACCGCCCUGUGCCAGUGACGGACAGAAGCUUGCGGGGGCGGGCCGAAGCCACCGCUUCCGCAGGGCCAUGGGGCUGGGUGUGGUGGUGGUGCUGCUCCUGCCGGCGCUGCUCUGUGGAGCCCAGGAAGCCAGUUCCAUAUUGAGUUCCGAGCCGACAAUGCUCUCGCCACCAGGAGCCAUAACGAACGGGAGCCAGCCAGCUGCGCUGCACAACAGCACGCACCUGCAGCCGCCGGGCUCGCGGGGCUCGGCUCUCCUGCGUGCCUUUUACGUGCUUACUGGCCUCAGCAGCCUGGCUGCGUUCUACUUCCUCAUCCGGGCUUUCAGGUCGAAGAAGCCCCAGCGGAGGAGCUACGGCCUCCUCGCCAACACCGAGGACCCCACAGAGAUGGCCUCGCUGGACAGCAGUGAAGAAACCGUCUUUGAGACCAGAAAUCUAAGAUGGUAGUGAAGUCCUCCCCUCAUCUCCAGAAGCUCUGGGUGGACGUUCAGGUCGGGAAGGCAGUGUUCCCAGCAGCCUUGGGGGAAGGACAAGAGACAGGGCCCACUCCCAGUGCCUACAUACCUGGCAAUUCUCCUGCUGGCCUGAGAGCUCGAGUGGGACCUGCCCAGCCCGCCUGAAGCCACCUUGGCCCUCCAGUGCCACAGGACCACCCAGGAUGCCAGGUGCGAACCAGAGGGGCCUCCAGCAGCCCCAUCCAGGAUUCUGAGACCCUAUGGCUGGACUGUGACUUACGCCACUGACCCUCCCCCGUGGGGACGCAGCUGAGGCCUGGCAGGCAGGUGGGCUAAUGGUCCUGUCUGGGAGUGCCUUCCCACUGGGCUGAGAACAAUAAAGGCAGCAAUGGCUCUGUAGCUGUCACCCAACUCCAUACUGCGCCAGACCUGGCAUCCUGGCUCACAGACGGGGUAGAGAGCAGAACAGAGCUUGAUCCAGGCUUGGCUUUUCUGAUCUGUGACCAUGCUGGGUUUCUUUGGCCUUGGCCCCAGCUCUCCAGAGGUCCUAGGGAGUUCUGCGAGGUAGACAGAAAUGGGGGGGCCUCCCAGUCAUUGCCUCUGGGCCUAUUCAUGCAUCAAAGGCCCUAUAUAGGGGCUCCCUCUUCUGUACUGCCUUCAGUGUAGGGCCCCUUAAAGGUCAUGUUCUCUGGGAUACUCACCUCAUCCCAUUCACACCAACAUGCCCCUUCUCUGUCAUCCUCAUUAAUUAACCUAACCCCACCCAGGCACCCAAUCUCAUUCCUGGUGAAGGUUGAUGGGUUCCUCUGUGGGCUUUGUUUUUCCUUCAAGUCACUAUGGGCAGGGUUCAGCUCUGUCACCCCUGCCCCCUGUAAAUGAUCCUGGAGAUGGAGAGGAGGGGCUGAGGGGAGGGGCUGGUCUCUGGCAGCCCUAUGACUGUGAGGUCUUCCCCCCCAGCCACUGGCCAGAGCUACUACGGCCAUGUCAUUAGGGGGAACAGCCACUAGGUGGUAGCCUUGUGUUGUCUGGCCUCUGCCCCACAGGCGUGCUGGGCCAUGCUGUGGCCUGGACUCAUCUGCUUGUACAGGUGGGGAAAUAG